AUGGACCGAAGAAAACGUAGUCAUAGUCUUUUGGAAAAGGCUCUUAAAGAAUCGGGAAUCUCUUUUAAAACCAAGGACGAUUUACAGUCGGCCAGUAAAAAGUCUAAAGAAACUGACCCAGAGAAGCAGAAAGCACCUGGACGUAAAAGUCGGACUAUCACUGAGGAAAAGAAACAGACGAAUAAAAAAAAAUAUUGCAGACAACUAAAAUUUGAAGAGUCUAAUGAAACGCGUAAGUGCUCUUCAACUGCGCCUGUAAUAUCACGACGUAUUACUGAAGAUGAAGAGAACUAUGACCCUGAGGAAGUUUUCGCAGCUCUUACAGAUACCAUGCAGCAUAUCCACAGUACGGACUUACUUUCGAAUGACGAUGCAGCAUCAGGAGUUUCUCACAGUAUGGACAUAUCUGCGAUUAAUGAUACCGUUCGAGAUAAUUGGCAGGUUUAUCUCGAUCCUUCGCAGACUGGAACAACAAGUCCUCGCAGUAUGGACUUACCUUUGAAUGAUGAUUCAGCUCCAGGAGUCCCUCACAAUAUGGACUUACCUUCGAUUGACGAUUCAGCUCCAGGAGUCCCUCGCAGUGUGGACUUACCUUCGUAUGAUGAUCCUGCUCCAGAAGUCCCUCGCAAUAUGGACUUACCUUCGAUUGACGAUCCAGCUCCAGGAGUCUCUCGCAGUGUGGACUUACCUUCGAAUGAUGAUCCUGUUCCAGAAGUCCCUCGCAAUAUGGACUUACCUUCGAUUGACGAUCCAGCUCCAGGAGUCUCUCGCAGUGUGGACUUACCUUCGAACGAUGAUCCUGCUCCAGAAGUCCCUCGCAAUAUGGACUUACCUUCGAUUGACGAUCCAGCUCCAGGAGUCUCUCGCAGUGUGGACUUACCUUCGAAUGAUAAUCCUGCUCCAGAAGUCCCUCGCAAUAUGGACUUUCCUUCGAUUGACGAUCCAGCUCCAGGAGUCUCUCGCAAUAAGGAGUUACCUCCAAAGGAUAAGGCUGCUCUAGGUGUAAGUACUCGUAAACGAAAAGCCAAAACAAGUAUCCGAAAUGUUGAUUACAUGUCUGAUGAAGAUUUUUCCACUUUAUUCUGUCUUGGUGAAGAGAAUGGCGCAGUUGAUUCUGACAAAUGGGUAGGAUCUGACACGUCAAACAGUGACGAAGAAGAAGACCAGUCAAAUAAGAAAAAAAGAGGAAAAAAUAAGAAAAAGAAGCGGAAAGAGUCAAGUAAGAAUAAAAACAGGGAAUUGCUUGAAAAUAAUACUGAAGAAAAUUUGGAUGCAGAAAACGAGAACGUAGGAGAAAAAGGUUUAAAAAGAGUGAAGAAAAACACGAGAAAGGAAAGGGCUCUUUCGAAACAAACAGGAAAAGAAUACGUAAGAAAAAAUGGUCAAUUAGUGCCAGAAAAAUCAAUUCAACCUAAUCCAUGUAAGGGUAAGAAAUGUGGGAACAAUUGUGAAAACGUAACCGAAGAAAAAAGGCAACAAGUAUUUAAACAUUUUUGGUCGCUUACCCCUGAACGCCGUAGAGACUGGUUGUUUGGCAUGACUGACAAAGGAAACGUUAAACGUAAACGUAGUAGUUCAGAAUUGCGCAGUUACACAUAUAAGUAUUGCAUUACUGAUGGUGAAGGAAAAAGAUCUGUAUGCUUACAGUUUUUGGCAGCAACAUUAGAUAUUUCACAAAAGUGUAUAUAUUACACGGUAAAAAAUGCUUCCUCGGGAAGUGCUAAAGAAGACUUGCGAGGAAAAUGUGAACCACACAACAAAACCAAACCUAGUACUAAAGAGUCUGCCGUCAAUUUCAUCAAAAGCCUACCAGCCGUCCCCUCUCAUUAUUGCCGUCAUGAUUCUACCCGGGUUUACUUGCCGCAGGAAUACAAAAAUAUUGCACACGUAUACAGCGCUUACAAAGAACGCAACGUGAAAGCUGGCAUAGACAUAGUUAGUGAAAAGAUUUUCCGAAAAAUAUUUAGCGAAGAAUUUAAUAUAUCAUUUCAUGUCCCUAAAAAAGACAAGUGCCUGAAAUGUUUACAGUUGCAACAAGCAGAUCUCAGCGACCCAAAAAAAAAGAAAGAAAGAAAAGGAAGAUCAUGA